CAAUUGGGUUCAUCCUUGCUAAUCGCCCCUCUGAAUUUAUAGACCGCGCAACUUUUCUUAACGAACGCCAAAUCCCAAUACUCCCGUAUCCUCAAUUCGCAUCCUUUCUCACGCAUCAUCUCUUCUCCCCCGGCAGUUGUAGUCCAGGAGCCAAUUUGCGAAUCCCCUCAUCCUUUUCCAACCACACCUCCUGUAUCUCGCGCACGCACAAUGGCUCUCGCCGAAGAGACAAAGCGCAUUUCCGCGCAAUUCGACUACACAGACGAGGAUGUGAACAAAGGAGUACAAGAGUUUCUGCAACAAAUGCAGGAGGGAUUACAACACGAUGGCACGAGUUUGAGUCAAAUUCCUACCUAUGUAACUGGUGUGCCCAAUGGCACGGAAAAGGGGUUAUAUCUAGCAGUAGACUUGGGAGGCACAAAUUUCCGAGUCUGUUCCAUUCAUUUGAAUGGCGACACAACCUUCAACCUUACAUACAGCAAAGUUGCGAUUCCAAAAGAGUUAAUGGUUGCGAAACAAGCCAGCGACCUUUUUGGAUUCCUCGCUAAACAGAUCGAACUUUUCCUAAAAACACAUCAUGGGGAACACUUCGAAGCCCACAUCCGGCGGCGGCAGACCGUCAGCACUCCAGAGGGUUACCGUGACGAACAAAUAUUCCGACUAGGCUUCACUUUCAGUUUCCCAGUCCAACAAUUCGGCAUCAACAAGGGUACGUUAAUGAGGUGGACCAAGGGAUUUGACAUCCCGGAUGCAAUUGGUAAGGACGUAUGUGCCUUGCUUCAACAGGAGAUUGACAAGCUUCGCCUGCCUGUUAAGGUGGCUGCUUUGGUGAAUGAUACCGUCGGCACGCUUAUGGCUCGUUCCUACACUUCGCCGGGCAAGACAUCAACUCUCCUAGGUGCUAUUUUCGGAACAGGUACCAACGGUGCCUACGUUGAAAAGCUCGCCAACAUAAAGAAGCCUGUUGAGGGCGACUACGACAAGUCGACAGGAUUAAUGGUUGUAAAUACCGAAUGGGGUUCCUUCGAUAACCAGCUGAACAUAUUACCCAACACAUCAUACGACAUAGAAUUAGACCAAAAGAGUGUGAACCCGGGCAUACAGAUGUUCGAGAAGCGAGUAUCUGGAAUGUUCCUGGGAGAGAUCGUCCGUCUGGUAAUCGUCGAUAUGCUUAAGAACACCGAGAUUUCGCUAUUCCGCGACGAAAACUCCAGCCAUAAUGAUUGGAAAUCAACAACAACUAUCGCCCCCGAAUCCACUGUAUUCAAGCAAUGGGGUCUGGACAGCUCGAUAAUGUCCAUCGCCGCGGCCGACAAUACACCAGAUCUGUCGACGCUUCGCCAAGAACUCGAGAAGCAAUUACACAUAUACGCCGCUUCGCUCGAAGACACUCAAGCCUUCAAGGAUGUAGCAUACGCUGUCGGACGUCGGGCGGCCAGACUCUCUGCCGUCGCAGUUGGCGCUAUCGUUCUACAGAGCGGCGAGUUACAAAAGACCACGGAUGAGCCCAUCGACAUCGGUGUCGACGGCAGUCUCGUGGAACACUACCCCUUCUUCCGGGAUAUGGUGUACGAAGCGCUAGCGGCAGUCGAUGGUAUUGGACCAGAGGGUGCCAAGCGAAUCCGCAUCGGAAUCGCGAAGGACGGCAGUGGUGUCGGCGCUGCACUAAUCGCGCUCGUGGCAGCGAAUAUGGAGAAGAAGGGCGUCGUAGACUACCUGAACCAUUUCCGAAACGGCAUCGCCUCCAAAUUCGCCGAGACGAUCCCCGAGAUCGAGCCCACAACGGUGAUGUAAUUUUUGACUGCUUGCAACUCGGGUUUUGGGAGGGCGGUUAUAGGGUUCGGGAAGUCCUUCUGGCAUGAAGUCGACGGUCGCGAACGUGUAUGUAUCUAACUAUCUAACUAACUUGAACCUACGAUCAUGACCUAAUGCAAAAGAAUUUAUGACAAGUUACCUACUUA